UUUUUUUAUUGCAUGUUUGAAAUAUUGUUACUGACGUACACAAAGUUUUCUGUGCUUUUCUGAACUACAGUUUUGAAACAAACUCGAAGAUAUGUUUGCUGAGAACUUUCUUUCAAUUUGUUUCUUUGCCAAACAAAAGAGAGAUCCCAGCCAGCUAGAUCCAGGCUCUUUUCGGAGACAUCAGCCAUGGAAUCCAAGACAGGUGCACAGUAGUCUUGGUCUCCCACAAGGAGGGCUAGCUGCUCAAAAUAAUUUCCGGUGUCGUUCCAGUCUUGCACCCAACUCAUGCACCAAGAUAUGAUGAAUGUUCCUGGAGUUACCAUGCAAAUCAAUUCAAUGGACCCGAAUCAGAUUCCACCAUUCAAAUUCGGCAACAUGCAGCUCUUCUUAGGCAUGCGAAUUGAAGCACUGGAUGCAAAUAAUUGCUGGAAUCAAGGAAAAAUCAUAGGAAUCAAUGAAUCAAACCACAAAGUGCUUGUUCAUUUUGAUGGAGUGAACCAGAGUGCUGACAAAUGGUUUGAUAUCUUUGAUACUUCAAUAAGGCAACCACAAGAAGAAGCUAGACAGGUUAGAGUUGGCCCACAACCAGUCGCUAUUACUCCCAGCAACAUGCAGAGAUUUGGUCCUGUAUUAAGUCCGAUACCUAUUAGCAUGGCUUCUGAUCCAUCUUUUAUCUACGGAAAUAUAAUAGCAGGAAAACAGAACUGGCUGAACGACAUUGCGCAGAGGCGUGCGAGAAGGAAAAAAUGUUUUGUUGGAUUGACGUUUACAGUCGAAGGGAUGUUGAGCUUGAUGAACCAAGACGAGGUUGCGAAUAUUAUAAGAAGAAAUGGAGGGAAAUUCAAGACAUAUUUGAAACGAAAAAUAAAAUAUGUUAUCGUUGGUUUGAAUCCUAGAAAGAGCAAGAUGAAAAAGGUAAUAACUCUUGGCAUCCCGACCAUUAGUGAACAAGACUUUGUCAAUGUUAUACAGACACUGCCCAAUGCAGGAGAACAGCAAAUGCGGCAUGCGGUCGAUAGAUAUCUACCAGACGUGGACAGAAAACAAAAUCCACCCACUCCUGUUCGACUUAAGCAAAUCGUUUCCAAGAAAACACCAGCAGCGAAAAGAGGAAACAAAAGAGCAAAAAGAUCUUUUUCUCCAAAACGGACGACAGAACAAGAGCCUGGCAAAAUAGAUCCUGUAAGCGAUUCAAUAACCUUUAAGCUAGAUUUGCAGACCCUACAGCAGUACUCAGAUGUCUUUGGAGGUGACAUUACGAGCAGUAAUACUCCCGAAAAAGAAAAAAACGAGAACGGAAAUGCCAAAAAUCCUAGCCUACUCCCCAUGCUUACAGAGCCAUUAGGGCACCGGGCUGUGAAGAGACGAUCUCUGGAUCCUUAUUUUAAACCGGAACCAUCCGAGCAGUCUCCUUUUGUAUAUAACAUCUCGGGCAAAGCUAACUGCUUGGGCGGAAAGGUCUUCGUCUACGAAGGCGAAUCAAUCGAUUUACCUUUGCCUAGAUUGAUUCGCCAUUUUGGUGGAACGUACAACAGGAAUCAAACUCGUUCAGCACAAUACUUGGUGAAGGGUAGAAAUCCUCGUGCUUCUAAAGUCGAAAUGGGGGUCGAGAGGGGACUCAAGGUCAUCACAGUGUCCCAGCUAUUAGAGAUGAUAAAGACACUUCCGGCUCAACAAUUCGUCCAUCAUGCGCAGAAGGACAUCGUUCCUCAACCGGGGGAUGGCACGAAAGCAAUAGCAGACGAUAUUGAAGGCAGUGUUACAGUGACAAAGCCCAUCGCCAACUCACAAGCUAUGAGUCUAAAUGGUAUAGAACAGAGCAAUGGAACCGAUGUUGCAACGUGCCAGAGUGUUGAAGAACACGAUUACUGCGAUCGACCUGCAAUGAAAGAAGUGGAUGCAGCAGAACAAACAGGUAGCAGCGAGAAAGAAAGGGAUGUUAACAGAGAAGAACAGCAAGGUGCCGUCAUCCAUCAACCUACUUCAUCGCCAUCAGCCUCACUUGACAAAAGUACCAGCCAAGCUCUCUCUGAUGCUAACAAACCCUUGCCUGAGCCUAAAACUCCUAGGAUAAUCAAACCGUUUACGGUUGAGAAGAACUCUAUGGUGGGCUUUCUUGUAGCAGUCGACCCUUUGAUGAAUUUUAUUGACAGGAGGAAGUGUGUCGACAUCAUUGAACAUUGUGGAGGAAAAAUACAAAAGGCAAUCGACGACUCAACUACUCACUUCCUUAUGAAUAAACUGAAUAACAAAAGACGAGCCUUAGAGAUCGCAGCAAAUGGUGUGAUGGUAGUUGGCAAGACUGCAUUAUACAAGAUAAUUGAAGAAAAGCAAAUGAAUCAAAAGAAAUUGCAGGCGUCAGACAUAAGCGAAGAAACGAAAGAGAAAAGCACGUCCUCGCCAAUGGCAGGCAAAAGAGAAGAUCCCAUGGGGAGGAGCAGUUUGUCUCCUGGUCGUUCAUCACAAAACACGGAUAAAGAUCAAAGCGACAGCGUGAACUCAAAUCCUGCCUCCCAGUCUUUAACAACAGAAGAAAAUGGCAACGACGACAAACGGCCAAGAAUUGCUAAGGCAUCUGAAUCUACCAGGCAGAAAUUUACUGGUUUUAAACAAAGGUUAAGCCUUAUGGGAGCCAAAAACUGUUUGUCUGGUUUUUCUGUCACGGUGGAUAAAAGUUUGUCGUUAGGCCACAGAAGCAGGUGCAGGAAGCUUGUUAAGCAGUUUGGAGGGAGGCUGUUGAAUCGUUUUACCAAGACAACUACACAUUACAUCGUCAAUGAUCUCACAGAUGUUGACAGAAUCAAAGAGGCUCGUUCUUUGGGGAUAAACGUUCUUGAUAAAAAGACAUUCUUAAGUCUCAUAAGAAACCUGCCAGCCAAAAAAGUAAAGAAGAUUCCAAUAGUUCUGAAAAUGGAAGAGGAUACUGAUGAUCAGACUAGUAAUGGCCAAAGCACUGUGUGGCAGCAGCAGAAUACACUGCAAAAGGCACAGCAAGGACAUCACCUAACGCAACAGGAAUAUGCACAGCGAAAUCUACAGCAGAAACAUCAUCCAGAGCAACAGCAACGGGACUUGCAUAAGGUGCAGCAACAACCACUUGAUACACCACAGGCAAGGCUACAACGGCAGCAGGAAGGGCCGCAGACACCGCAGCAAAUGCAAGAACAGCAUUACCAAUCGGAGUCGAUUCAUACGUCUACAGUUCGUCCUGUCGAAUAUAGAUUGGAAAGAGACAAUAUAACAAACACGGGAAGCGAAGACGUGAAGAUUUUUCGCCGGGUGGGCCCUCUUCCUGCAAUCAGUGGGCGUUUUUCAACGAGUGGCGGAGGAAACGGUUGGGAUCCAGCGAACGAUGAAAGAUGCUAUUGGGAAUGUCCAGAAAAUUGUGGCAAUAUCAUUGAAAAGGAUCAGGUGAAGUCGCACCUUGAAUUCGAUUGUAAAAAUGCAGAGACCGAGUGUCCAAUAUGUAAAUUCAAGAUGCUGAGGCGAGAAUUAGAGAGUCACAUAUCUAGGAAUGUUGGCAAGCACGUCACAAUUCUUGGCAGCGAGAUGGCAUCAUUGAAGCAUAUAAACAGUGGACUUGUGUCUGAGAAUCGAAACCUACAGCAAAAUGUUGAAUCUCUUAGUGAACGGGUGCUUAGGUUAGAAGAGCAAAAUAUGCUUCAAGCGGAAGAACACAAGAAGUUGCAGUCGGAAAACAGUCAAUUGGCACAGCAAGUCAGAAAUAUGGCAGCAAUGCAUCGGUCGUAAUGGUUACCCCGAAUGAGCUUAUGUGGCAAACAAAAUUAGCAUAAAUUUUAGUGCUUUAUCGUGAAUAGUUUUUUAAGGCUUUUUGAAGUACUUCUAUGCUUUGGGUUACAAGCAAGUGUCCUUUGUUUAACAACAUAUGGUGCCAAUUCUCAUGGAUUAUUGUUAUAAUGCUUUUAAUCUAUUUAUAUAUUUAGUUUCAUAUAUGGGGAGCUAUUCGGCUUUCUGAGCACAAACAUUACGUAACUACGAAUAAUAAAAAUGUAACAUUUAUAAUGAUCAUGGCCCCAUAAAUUAAGUAAGGCAUAGUUAUGUUUCUUUGAGCAUAUUUGGUCCAAAAAAAUUUAUUCUGCAGAUCAAAUUAAAAGUUUGUUCUAGAAGUGCGUUAUCAAAGACGAUUGCAUCUUUUUAAUAUCUCAAUUUAUAACAAAACCUGGCAGGUUUACCUUAAAAACCUGACCCCGGGAACGAGCUUGAGUAAUGUAUAGCUUUACGGAAGUCCUUCUUUUAAACACAGCAAAACUUCAUUUGAAUUUUCAUUUUAAAAUCUCAAAUUAAGUACUGUUGUUAAACAGUACUAAAUUAAGUCCUUCUUUUAAACACAGCUAAAAACUUCAUUUUAAUUUUCAUUUUAAAAUCUCAAAUGAAGUACUGUUGUUAUUAAUGUUGUUGAUGUUUUGAUAUUCAACAGUCCUCCAUAUUGCAUAUUACCCACAUGAUGUGGUGUGACCUACACUGAUUAUGUGAUAGGAUGGCUUUCGGUAUCAACAAAUAAUGAUAUGUCCCUAUUAUCUAAAAGCAAAGUUCGUUCACCUUUACUCUUAUGCUGCAUCUAUUGGGACUCCUUGUGACGUAGUGGCACCAAUUAUCCAUGUUUCUAGCUGUCAUUAAUAUAACGAUUAGCUGCAUCGAGUAGCGAUUACAUUAAGGUAUUAAGUAUUUUUGUAUCGUUAAUCCUAUAGUUCUGUUUGUUUAUAUUUUUGUAGUAAUCUGACUUAUUUGCUAUGUUUUAUUAUGUAGCAUAAAUAUUCAUAUGAAAUGUCACGGGAUUUGCAGUAGACCUGGAAUGUCAUUCAUAGAGGCCCAACCAUAAUGGCACAAUUUCCCUGUUGAAAGCUGUAGAGAAAUCUAUUUAUUAUGGAGAAGUGUAAUAUCAGAUUUAUUGUUCGUUUCAAAGUGGAUUGUGUCAUCUGAAGGCUAGCCUAUGCUGUUAAGGCAGAAAAACAGUAUUGCAACAGUCUUUUUUGUCCACUUUCGAGAUUUCACUUUUUUGGAUUUGCAAACCAAUCAGUUUUUUCUUAGUAAUUCCACCCAGAGACAAAUGUGCCUACUAUAAGGCGAAAACCCACGAGAUUUCGUCCUCACAAAGAGUUGGAAUUCGGCCAACCUAUUAGAAAUUAUGUAUUAAAUUCUGAGAUAAGCAACAUACACCAUAACUAUCAAUUUUAAGAAUCAGUUUACUGGAAAACCUUUUUAUUAGGCCUUCGGCUCUCAAUACCUAGCAUAUCGUGGCGGAGCAGGGAUACCUGUUUUUAUUAUUUAUGUAUAAUAUGAUGGAUUUUUAAAGCCAAGUAGAAAUAUACUUUUCAUUAAACAAAGUCGAAACAUGAUUUGAUUACGAAGUCUAGUAUCAGAUGCAUUUA